AAAGAAUAAGGUCGAUAAAUGGCAUAACACAAAUUGAAGUCAUUAACAAAUGGCUGAACAUGAAAUACCUGUAAUUAUACUUACCUGCGCGGCAGAGUAAUAAAUCGGAUUCAUUGACUAAGUGAGUACAUUUGCUAAUACCGAAUGUUUGAAGAUGUCUGGUCACCACAACAUCUGUCUCAUUCAUUUUUCCAAUUUUCCGGUCAGCGGUUGAAAAUGAGAACAACAACUUUAGAUCAAGAAUUCUUUCUUUCAAAUAUUCUCAAACUCUUUAUGACCAAGGUUAGUUUGCUAAAUGCUUAGUGAGUCUCCAAGAAACAUUUCCUUGUGAAAAAGUUGAGCGCCACAAAAGUCCCAAUGAAACGAUAAAGCUCAAAACUGUAAGUCACCGUUCACUGCACCAAAGAAUACAGAAAAUAACUACCUUAAAGGCCAUGUCAUCGAGAGAAUGUUGACAGAAACAGAAUCUCUUUGUCGUAUCAUGUGUUAUAAUACUGAUACGUGUGUGUCGUACAACUACAAGAAGGAUAGCACAGCAUGCGACCUCAAUGAUUCAGAUCACAUUCAGCAUCCACAGGACUUUGUUAAACAGUCUGGAUAUGUUUACGUGGGCACAGAGAAUGCUUGCCAAAACAGCCCAUGCCACAAGAAUAGCGCUUGUCGAACAAACAUAAGAGAUGAGACCAAACCCCACUGGUGUGUCUGUCCUCCCGGCUUCCGAGGACCAAGCUGCAGUAAAGGCAUUGACGAAUGCCAGACCAGCUCGUCUUCGAAAUGUCCUGAAUUUAGCACUUGUCAAAACACCAAUGGAUCCUUUCAUUGUCAGUGCAAUGUAGGCUAUAAAUUGAAUGACUCCAAAUGUGUCGUUG